GCAGCGCGGCCCCACAGCGCCCUCCCGUGGCUGGACAUGCUAUAGUAAGUGAACUCGUCAGCAGGAGGACAACAUGGAGCAGAGUCAGUGAACCAGAGCGCUGCUAUCAGUGUCGGUAUCGAACCUGCAGCGGACACAAUGACCACACACACAGACAGUCCUGUCUGGAAAACCACGGUGAUAGUGAGCACAUCUCUUCAGAACCAUGACACAGUCAGGAUGCUCGUGGCUCAACAGCACCGAAUCAGAUCGUCAGCUAGCGUUGAGCCUGGAGCCUUUAUUUUUCCUCUUUCAGGUACUGCGUUCCUGCUGGUUGAUUCCCAAGACCUCCCAGAGCCAUUUGAGGAGUCAGGGCUCAUUGAGAAGAUAAAAAAGUUUAUGCAAGUACACCGCAACAGCUUUCUACUUCUAUACGGGCCCGUUACUGGGAGGAAGGAACUGGACAUCUUGUCAGGGAUUCAGUGCAGAUUCUUUGGCAGCAGUCUCAGGAUUCUGCCCGUCAGAAACAAUGCUGAGGUCGUUGAAGGAAUGUUGACAAUCGCCAAGGCCACCAGUGCGCCCCAUGUAGACAACAUCUGUGAACGCAUGUCUCUGGCUCAGACUCACAUUGUCGAAAGCAGUCCUGUGUGGCAGAUGCUAAAAGAGAAACUCUGAAGCUCAGCAGGGGAUUCAGUGGGUUCCACAAACCCUGGUGUUGUUUUAUUCUUACCACUACAAAAAAAAAGUAUAUAUAUAUAAUAUACUGUAUAUCAUAACAAAUUUAAAGGUAAAAACUGUGUUUACACUUUUGACGUAGAAAACGUCACACUUUAUUGAAUGCAUGUCUUCACAAAAAUAAAAUAAAAU